UAGAGGGGUAGGAAUUUUCAACAUAACAUAUACCCCUUUACUGUACCUGUUAACCAUUGUACAAUUUACAUAGUUCUCCGCUUGAGAUACAGAUGUACAAUUUGUACAAUAAAGUGUCUACUGUUUCAGACAGAAUGCCGUUCUCUGACUUGUAUCCGGAGAGAAGGGGGGGAGUUAUUAAUCCAUCAGUUCUUCAAAGAGCAACGGGUGCUGGUCAUCCUGCUAGUCUACGUGUAGCGUGUGAGCGUAAUGUUAUCGAAAAUAUUGAGAAAAUGCCGAUGGUUCGACAUUUUCUUUCAGCUCUUAAAGCAUCUGGGUGUCCUUUUGACCUUGCCUCCCAAGUCAGUUGUGAAAUGUGCCAAAAAGGAUCUGGAUUAGAACAUGCUGGUGGAUAUGAUGAGAAAUUGAACCAAAUAUUUAUUUGUCAGAAUAAUACUACAACACCUGGGCAGGUCCACGCUGCCCUUGUUCGAAAUCUUUUCUACGUGUUUGAUAGAUGUGUAAAUAAAUACGAUUUUAAUAAUCCGGAACAUCUGGCUUGUACAGAAGUAAGGAAAGCUAAUCUUGCGAACUGUGGUUGGUUAGUGUUUAUGCAGAGAGAUGGAGCUAGCUUAGGAGUUAAAAAUCAACAUGCUAACUGUGUCAAAAUCACAGCUAUUGAAUCAUUAGAGAAAACUAGGUUUAUGAGUCGUGAACUUGCAGAAAAAAGUGUAGAAAAUGUUUUUGACAGGUGCUACAAAGACCUGGAACCUAUUGGAAGAAGAUCGAAAGACAAAAAGGAUAUUAUUCGAGCUUUUGAGGAGAAAUUUCUCUUUGGAUAUCAUUGAAGUUAAAAUAAGACUGUUCUAUCUCCUGUAGUAGUGUAGACGUGAAAAAGGCUGUGAUUUAUUCCUAAAUAUACUGUAAAUCCGCUAAAAAUUUUGUUUGCGUAGUUUCACAGAAGAAAGCGCGCAUUUCCUUGAAGAAACUUGUUUAUUUUCUUCGUUGUUUCAGA